AGGCCGGCGCGGGGGCCCGCGGUGUCCGGCGCGGGGGGCCGGUGCCCGGUCUGGGCCGGAACUGCCGAGGCGACCUCCAGCGCCAGGCGGGGCCGGCUGCGCCUCCUUCAGCUGCUGGGCGCCCGCGGCCUCCGAGCGCCGGGACGGCCUGGCCUGCGCGCUCUCGGAACCGGCGGCGCGGGCGCAGGCGCGCGCGCGGGGGUGGCAGUGGGGGUUAGGGGCGGAUUUUAGGUUUUGUUUUCCUCUUUUCUGUUGCAUGACGAUUACCAGAAAGUCCCGGGGCGGAGCGACGGGCAGACCCCUCCACUCUGUCCGGCACGUAUUUUCCCAGGAGGGCGCGCAUUCCUCCCUGGAGCCCACCCCUUAAAGCAGUUUUCAGGAUCCUCGACUCUGAUUCAGAGCUUCUCAGGGUUGGCUGGAAACCACAGCCCAGCCUCCCGAUGCAGUCUGAAUCCGGCUGGUGUGAAGAGGAGACCCCUUCCCUCUUGUGGGGUUUGGAUCCUGUGUUUCUAGCCUUUGCAAAACUCUACAUCAGGGAUAUCCUGGACUUGAAGGAGUCCCGCCAGGUGCCAGGUAUAUUUUUUUACAACGGACAUCCAAUAAAGCAGGUAGAUAUCUUGGGAACUGUAAUUGGAGUGAGAGAGAAAGAUGCUUUCUACAGUUAUGGAGUGGAUGAUAGCACUGGAGUUAUAAACUGCAUCUGCUGGAAAAAGUUGAACAAUACCGAAUCUUCGUCAGCUACAGCUGCUCCAAGUACAAGAGAGCGGAGCUUAACCUCCCAGCUUAAGAAGCUGCAAGAGACCAUUGAGCAGAGAACAAAGAUAGAAAUUGGGGACAUUAUCCGGAUCAGAGGUUAUGUCCGCACAUACAGAGAAGAGCGAGAAAUUCAUGCCACUGCUUAUUAUAAAGUGGACGAUCCAGUGUGCAACAUUCAAAUUGCAAGGAUGCUUGAGCUGCCCAGUAUCUACAGAAAAGUUUAUGACCAGCCCUUCCGCAGCCCAGCCCUAGAGAAAGAAGGGGCACUAAGCAGCAAUCCAAGCACCCUAGACCUGGCCAGUCUCACGUGUUUGCUGAGUGAAAAAGCCAAAGAAUUCCUCGUGGAGAACAGAGUGCAAACCUUUUACCAGCAGGAAUUGGAAAUGGUGGAGUCUUUGCUGUCCCUUGCCAAUCAGCCUGUGAUUCACAGCGCCUGCGCUGAGCAAGUGGAUUUUAAGAAUGACACCACUUCCAAGGCAAUUCAUAGUAUAUUUAAGAAUGCCAUAAAGCUGCUGCAGGAAAAAGGACUCGUUUUCCAGAAAGAUGGUAGUUUUGACAACCUAUUUUAUGUAACCAGAGAAGACAAAGAACUGCACAGAAAGAUCCACCGGAUCAUUCAGGAAGACUGCCAGAAACCAAAUCCAACAUAGGAACUCGGAGAAGAUGAGGGGAGCUUUGGGAAAGCUCUGGGGCUACGGUUGGGUCACUGCUUGUAGCGAAGAGCCACCAAAGGGCUCCCCUGAGAGGAGAGAAGCUGAGCGAACACUCGAGCUCUCUGGUGCACAGAUGUUUCAGGAGGUGUGAACGCUGCAUGUGGUUCAUGUGGCAAGAAGACAAGUCGUGCUGCUCUCUGGUCAAGGAUUUGUUUGGAGAACCAUGACCAUCCCCAUCUGGUAAGCUACCAGGGCCUCUCAUCCCUAUGAGACACUUCUUUCUAAUUAUUUCUCCGUCUGAUAGUGUGCCAGGACACUGGCCAAGAGAGAGCCAAGUGGGAAGACGUCUACUCAGUGAUGAGGAGCUGUGGACUUGGUGCCGAUGACUGAAACCAAGCAAACUUGUAAUUUUCCACUGGAGAACACAUCCACACUUUCUUAUUAGUGUGGUUUCUUCUCUGCGGUUGGCCUCUGCAGCACUGCCCCAGUUGUUUCCUUACUAAGGGUAUGGGAGGCAUAUGGGCAGACUCGGAAAGUCCGUGAUGAGGCUGGCUGGAGGAGAAACAGGCCCUGGGGGGAAAGCUGGACCAUCCUGAAGGGAAUGGUGUCUCUUGGCGAACCUUGCAAUAGAGUUUUUGUUUGCGUGAUAGUCUCCUGGUGGAGGCUCUAAAUGUGAGCCCAAACUCCCACGUUAGUGAGUUUUUAUGUAAUCCAGAAUUUUAAAAAAAUACAGCAUAUUUUUACUGAACUUUUCUUAGGUAAACCCAAACAGGAAGGUCACAGCACAGCACAAGAUUCUGUGUUCACAGGAAUUCUAAAUCAAACCCCAAAUUCCUGAAGAGACUCAAAUCCCUCCGAUUAAAAUGAUAGGUUUUCGUUUUGGAACAUAAAGAGAGGAAUUUUGAAGACCACAUGAUAGCCCUGGUAUUUUUAGAUAGAGACCGUAAAGUGGAGUCUCAUGAAUUCACACUGAUUUGGGGAAAAGUUUGUGUAAAUUAGUGAAAAAAGUGAGUUUGAAAUAGUGCCAUUUAUUACUGUAGUGUUCCAUAUUACAUCGGAAUUACCAUGAGGGAACAGGUUUGUUGCUUUAGGAAACCUGCUUUAAUGAAUAAGAAUUAUUUUAAUUAUGUAUCGUUUGUUAUUAUUCAGUAUCAUUUACUUAUUAUGUAUUACGUAUCAUUUAAUAUUAACAGGUGACUUUAAAGUACUUGCCUUAAGAGAUGUGAAAACAUAUGUCCACACAAAAACUUGCACAUGAAUGUUCCCAGCAGUAUUAUUCCUAAUAUCCAAAAAAGUGGAAACAACCCAAAUGUCCAUCAACUGAUGAAUGGAUAAACAGAAAUGUAUUUAUGCAGUGGA